ACCCGGAAGUGGUUAAACAUACGCACUCCUGUGCAUUUAUUUGCGUUAUAAAAUCAAACUUUCUUUGGCCGCAAGAUGUAAUUAUAUAUUUAGAAGUCAUUACUCUUAAUGUAUGCACAAUGUCAGAUCGCAAACGAAGCCGAGAGCACCAUGAAGACAGACAUGAACGAAAGAAACACAAGUCAAAACAAGAGGACGACAAAUACAAAAACCAAACCAAAAAACUAAUUCAGGAGGUGCAGAAAAUCAAGCAUGUGGAAACAUUUUAUGAAAAUCCUCCUCCUGGACUCAUAAAGGAAGAGGACGACAAGCCAGAGGACUGUAUUCCUGAUGACCCCGGUAAUGAGGAUGCCAGGAAGUUCUUGGCACACGCGCCCACCAAAGGACUGUGGAUGCCUCUGGGCAAAGAGGUGAAAGUCAUGCAGUGUUGGAGAUGCAAGAGGUAUGGCCACCGAACAGGAGACAAAGAAUGCCCUUUUUUCAUAAAAGGCAACCAGAAACUGGAGCAGUUCAGAGUGGCGCAUGAAGAUCCAAUGUAUGAUAUCAUACGAGAAAACAAACGCAACGAAAAAGAGACAAGUCUCUCAGAUGCCAGUGCUGAUGAAUUGUGUCAGUACAACAAAAGAACAGUAAACAGAAGAACGCUGUUGCAGACGAUGAUGUAACUCCUCACUCCACUGUGAUUAUCUACUGCUGUUUGCUGACAACAAGCUCCUGCUACCCAGGAGUAAUUAGAAAUCGUUACGUGGGCUGUAAAGAUGUCGUACAUAGUUAAGAUGCUUGUUUACGGCAGAGAAACUUACAAAACAUCCCCCCAGGGUUUUCAUUUUGAUUUUCAAUAUGAUGUUGGAAAGCAAGACGUAGCUUGUUUAAUAAAAGUUGAAAAUCAGAAGUCAGCUGCUUUAAAGUUGAGGCAGUCUUCACAGCAUGCUGUAAAUCAAAAUAAGUCUAAAGUGAGGCUGUGCUGAAGAUAUGGUGUGCUGUGCGGUUCCCUAGGAUACACACCUCUAUUAGAGGAUGUGAACCCUUAAACAGCUGUGAUGUGAUGAAUUGUUAAUAGUUUCAGGUCAGUGUGACACAGGCUGUCGGAACGCGUUUGUGUUUUCUGCUUUCUCUUUAUAUUGUGUCUCUUAAGUAUAUUCCCAUAUCGGUGGCAAUUGAAUUCAAUUAAAGAUAGAUUUCUUAUAAUAUGGAAAUUAGCUUAAUAAUCCCAAUUGCUUUUAAAGUGCACUUUUAUUAGGAUUUAGUAUUUUUUCCCCCUUUAUUGAAAAAGUUGUACACAAAGAAAUGAAUAGUUGUUUUAAAAAAAAAUUUAAAUCAUGUACCCAAACUGAUAUAGCUAUAGUCAUAUUGCCACGGAGAGCAAGGCAGGACCCAAACGUAGGGUGGCAAUGAAAAUGGCUUUAUUAAAUAAACAAACAAAGUGCAAACCAAAAAUUUCACAAUGGAGAAAAUCUGACAGAACUAAAACACUGGCAAAUGAAAAAAGACACAGGAACCAAUCGACUGGAGAAACACACAAUGAAGCACAACAAGAAUCACAAACAAUUCAACACUGGACUGAAUAUGAGGGGAGCUUAAGAAAGAAAGGGUUGAUAGGAAGUAGGUGCUGCUGUUGAUUAUUAAUUGGAGAACGAGCUGGCGUUCUCCACGUGGCACCUGCAAGACACAAGAGGGAGUGAGAGACAAAGCUAACUCAAGACUAGACAGACAGUCAGGAGAGGCACAGUCAGGCCAGACUGUGACACACAUCAGUAGCUUAAAGGGGUCAUGACAAGAGGAGUCAAAUUUUACUUGGUUUUUUGACAUUAAAGAGGUCAUUGUACUAUAAAAACAUACUGUAAGUUUCAGAACUCAAAACUUCCCUCUCUGCAAAAAGUGCAUUUGUGUGAAACCAUAUUGCCAAAACAACUUAUCUACUUCCACAUUGUGAUGUCACGCUGUGGUUGAAAUUUGAAUCUGACUGCAUCCACAACAAUACAUCAACACCUACUUUACCUUUAUUCACUACCAUAGCCCCGCCCAGCAUUGGUGAGCAGUGAGAUGGCAAGUAGAGAGAGCAGGUCAGUCAAGAGCAGAGAGCCAUUUAGAGCAGUGUGUGUGUGUACUGUCAAGUCUUAUAGGAGAAGCAGCACCAAAACCGAGUGUUUCUGACAGAGGGUAAGAAUGAGUGUGGAAAAUGAUCAUGUUUUACAAAUAUAUGACUGUUUUUGUGCAAAAAACUUAACUGAUGUUAUAAGUGAACCUUACGGAACAUUUUAAAAUAAUAAAAAAAAAAGGCAUGUCAUGACCCCGUUAAUAAAAGAUGUUUUAUUUUACAUGGAGUAGAUCGUGGACAUCACGUGACCAGUUGAGCGCUAUUUUUAUUACUGCUUCUAGUCCUGUUCACACCAACCCCGUUUUUUCGGUGCGAUUGUUCAUUCCGAAUGAGCUUUUGAACGGUAACAGUGGAUUCCGAUGCCGUUAUUCACAGCAGGUCCGACAAAUCGUCCGCUGUCAAUCCGAAUGUAUUUUUUUUUAUGGAGUGUGGUCCGAUUUUUGUUUUUUCUUCAGACUUUCAAGUGUCGCUGCAGCUGCUCAAUCCAGCGUGUUGAUGGCACUAAUCAACUAGAAAAUACCAGCAUUGGACAUGCUUCUGAUACACACCUGAAAAUUAUAUACUUAAAAAUAAAUAGUUGCAGUUCAUGAACCCUUUGUACUGCAAACAUAAACCUGGUCUGUUUUUGAAAGUUUGCUUAUGUUUUUUUUUUGUCUUAAUAAUGUACAUUUUUUAAUAUGUAUAUCAAUGUCCCUGUAUAUUCUCAUGGCAUUAAAAAUAGCAGUGAGGUUCGGCAAUUUGUUUGCACUAAGCUCUUAGUAAAAUAUCCCAUAAAAAGUUGUUACAUGCAAAGUUUCAGACAAACAAUUUGCAGAACCACACUGCUUUUUUUAUUGCAAAGACAAUAUAACAAAGUGUUGCAAUAAUUUAAAUAAAGAAAAGACUGUGA